CAUUCUAGAAUAUGAUUUAUCACAUCUGCAGUUUGAAAGGUCUUUUAAGCCAAUAGAAUAUCCCAGUGGAACCCCUCACUACUCAGAAACAACUAGAGAUGCUUUACCUUGUCAGGAAAAGAAAGAAUGUUCCAGGAGAGUUCGAGAAAAGCCUGACCCGAGGAAACAUGCGAAGUGUUGGCUGACAGUGGAAACAAUUCAGAGAAAAAAGUAACAUUUCCUGUGCCAUCUUGCAGGAGAUCAUUCAAAGUGCACAGAAGGCUGGAUGAAGACUUGGAACUACGUAUGAAAUCAGCAGCAGAACUAAAAGCAUCGGUAGAUGAUUCUAAGAUAAUUAUGGCUAUUAUUCAAGCUAAACAAAAGGCAAAUCAGAACGCUAUGUUGUUGGAAGAAAAAGCUUUGUCUAUUCAAGCAGAACAGAAUCAAAAGGAUGAAAAGCUAGAGCUAGCACUACAUCGACGAAUAGCUAAAAUUGAAGCUCACCAAGCAGCAUUUAAAGAAUCACAAAAAAGGAAACACAAAGAAAUUAUAGCCAAAUUGCUAAAUGAAGAGUUAUUACAACAAGAGAAAUUGAAAAGAUUACCAUUCCUAUGUGAACAAAGCGAAAGAUAUAAAUACUUAAAGUACUCUGAACGUAGUGAAAAACCAUCUGAACUUGAACAAAAUAUGAUUGAUGAACUCUUAUCACAACAACAGCAACAACAAGAAAAGAGUGGAACGGUGGCAAAGUCAGUAGUGAAUACAUUUCCAACUGAAAUGGAAUCAGAUGAUGAUGAUGCUAAUGCUGAUGACAGCGAAAAUGAAAAGCAGUUAACACUAUCUCAUGAUUCUCUACAUGGCUUGUGGGAUUUAUCCAAAAAAUCUCAGAAUAUCGUUACAGAGGAGAAUGUUGAUAAUGCACUUCUUAGUUUUGUCUCCAGAGAUACAGUCAAGGCAUCAGUCACUGAUAAAGAAACGGUCUCAACAUCGCUUUCCAUGAGAAAUCUAACCAGCAGAUCACCUACCAAACUUUCCGAUAUGGAUAACACGACAGAGGUCAAAGACAAAGGACUGCUUCGGAGCACGAUGUAUUUUUCUGAAAGAAACUCAAAGGCAGAUAAGGAAAUCUUGCAACGUGUGUUACAACAAACUCGUGAAAAUAUCAUACAACCACAAAUAGUGACUGGACGAAGAUUUGAUGGGCCUAGUUUUACAGCUAAACCAGCAGAAAUAUGGUUCAAAAAUAUUGAAGUUGGUAGAACUCAUAAAACAAAAAUUAUACUGACAAAUGCUUCAUAUGCUAUCAGCACAUGUCGAUAUGUUGGCAUCACAUCAACUUUAAUGGAUUUUGUAGAAGUAAAGUUCAAUCCACCUGGUUCACUUUCACCUGGUAUGAAUUGUGGAGUGAAGAUUAAAUUCACUCCUAAAAUGAAUAAAAAUUUAAAUGGUGAAUUAGAGUUUUUAUCACCAACUGGAUCAUUCUUUAUCCCAUUCAAAGCAACAGUGAAGAAAUGUGAAUUUUCAACAGACUGUAAUACAGUGGAUUUUGGUGAAGUAGUCAUUGGUGAAACUGUUCAACAAAGUAUAACACUGAUCAAUUCCGGUGCAAAAGGUGCUAAUUUCACAUUCAAGACUUUAUCUGAAAUUCACAAGGAAGAAAAUGAGGUAAAUGUUUUGGAAACAUCACCAGAGGCAAUCAGAGCAGAAGAAUCUAUAGAAGAUUCGGUAAACUCUAGCGAAACAAGGAAACAUAAUGAGAAGGAAGAAAGUGAUCCUCAAAAAAAGGAAAACGAAAACAGCGUGUCUCAAAUUGAAGAAUACGAAGAAAACACAAUGCUAGAAGAUGAAAAUGAAAUGAAAAACAUUCUAACUAACUUCAAGUCUGGUGAAUUAAAUCGUGGAUUUCUAGCCCCAUUCUCUACUGUUAAACUAGACAUUAUCUGGUCACCUAAAGAUAUUUCUAUCAAUGAAGGUGAAUGCUUAAUGGAACAAGAGAAAUUCGUCAUCAGUUUUGAUGACGCUGAAAGUUCAGAUAUUUACAUUCAAGCUAUUGGUUAUGCUAAAAAUAUUCCAGUAUGGCUAUCAACGUCUAGUUUAUCCCUAGGAAUUUGUUGGUAUGAUCGUCUAUAUCAAGAAUGUUUUUCUGUUCAUAAUAGAACUAAAUCAGCUGUAAAAGUUGUAUUUGAAGUUGACAAAGAAAUUUCAGAUCAUUUGAAAAUUUUACCAAAAACUGGAUUUGUUCAAGCUGAAAGUCGACUUUUAGCUCAGGUUAAACUUCUUCCGAAACUUAGCUUACCUGAUGACCUGGCUCUACUCCAAUCUGACGUCAAUAAAGCACCCUCAGGGGAAACUCAAACUGACGAAGAAAAGAACAAAUCCCUUUCCUUCAAGUUAUCUUUUGACCCACAAACAGGUAUCCUUCAGGCACCAGUUACAGUCAACGUUAUUGGGCAAACUAACAAAUUACAACUUAUGAUCGAUGCUGUAAUAACAACAACAGAUCUAUCACUUUCGCCUAACCCAAUUAAUUUUGGAUGGACUGAAAUUCAUGAGACUGUGAUAUCUCGAUUGUCAAUAACAAAUCAUAGUUUAUUACCUCAGAAUUUCGGAAUUGUUGAAAUGCCAGAAUUUGUUGAAGUUCAGCCAAACGAUGGUUUCGGUGUUAUACUUGGAAAGGAGACAAUAGAACUUGAUGUGUUAUUUAGGCCGAAAAAAGCCAAAGAAUAUAAUUUUAACUUGGUUUGUAAAUCAGGUAUUGGACGUACUUUCACUACAGCAUGUCAAGGUAUAGGCGUUUAUUCACCUUUAAGUUUAUCUACUAAUCAACUCAAAUUGAACCCAACACCUAUCAGUGAAUCAAGUUUAAUAUCUUUGAAAAUUACCAAUCAUCAUACUUCAUCUAAUCCUUAUACUCAUGUACAACCAUGUAUUGGUUCAGAUACAAAGCCAGUUUCAGUUGGACCAAGAGCAUUUGAACUUCAAGUAGUCAAGGCUACAAUAACUAACCCAUAUGGAUUGGUUACAGACGAUGAUCUUGCAAAUAAUCAAUUAGAGUCUGUUUUGUCAACAUUUAUUGAUUUUUAUCCAGCUACUGGAACUCUGAAUCCGGGAGAAAGUCAACAAAUCAAUAUCCGAUUUUCACCAUGUUUAAAUAAGUUGUGCAUUCAAAAAGAAGCCAGCCGAUUAUGUGAUUUAAAUGAAGAAAAGCGUAAAAGAGAUGAGUUAUUAUUAUCUCUUGAAGAGGAUAAAACUGGGAAGUCAAAUAAGCCUACUCCAAAAACAAGUCAGAACACUGUCGUCAAAAAGGACAAGAUAAUUGAUAAAAAAGCUGUGAAACCUUCAGAUGAAAAGCCACCUCUCGAGACAGAAACAACUUUACUGCCAACUGAUCCAAAAUCUAUUUUAGAAGGUAGUGAGAAAUACCUUGAUGGACUAAACUCUCUACUAACUCAUUACCCAAAUCCACCACCUGCUUUCAACAAUAGCCAAGUGGAAUUAAAAAAAGAUGAAGUUGACCAACAGCAUUCAGCAGUGAAGAAUAAAUUAUCUUUAAUCAAACUCGGUGAAUAUGAUUGGCCAGGAGUAUUCUUGGUAUAUCGUGUUGCUUGCUUUGUCGCAGAAGGACCUGGAUCAGAGACAGCAGCUAAACCAUCUCCUACAUACAGGAAAGAGAAUACUCUCUUCUUCGAAUUAUUAUGUCCAAUAAUUAGACCUCCUUUACUUGUCCAAUCGAAUAAAUGUUAUAAUCGUCUGAAUUUUGGAGCUAUCUGUGCUGGUCAACGUAAUACUCGUACUUUAUCACUCAAGAAUAUUAGUCCUUAUUGUUUACAAUUGAAACCGAAACCUUUAAACCCGAUCGGAGCAUUUGAGAUUAUUAGUUUCAAUGAAAAUAUCAAUUCAGGUGAAGUAUGCAAUCUGAAUUUUGCUUUUACGCCAAACUCACUGCAAACACACUGUACAGAAACCUUCGUCCUUCAGUCAUACCCAAUAAAAAAUAAAAUGUCAACCGUUAAUUCAAGUGAAUAUUGUCCGUUAAGCGUGAGGUUUUCAGGCAUCUGUGUGACACCAAAGGUUGAAGUCACUGGUCCACCUGAACUUAUAACUAUUCCUUGUGGCUCACAAAAUCCUGAGAAUUCUAAUAUACCAGUCAACACAAAACAAACGCUUCAUUAUCUUCGUUUUGGUUAUAUUCUACUUGGAGAAUUUAUUGAACGAUUAAUAACUCUAACCAAUCCUACAAAUAUAACUGUAAACUUUGAGAUACUAUAUGAUGAUAAUCAAAUAGGCGGAACAAAAAACCAAAAUGGAUUGCCUGUAUUCAUGGUUGUACCGAAUCAAGGGAAAAUUAAACCAGGAGAAAAGCAAGUUGUCUCUAUAACCUUUGCACCUGAUCAUGAUAGUGAAACAUAUCAACAAACUUUUCUGAUAACGCUUCAUUCGCAGAUAAACAAUUCGCAUAAACUGAUCCUUAGCGGUGCAUGUAAACAACACAAUCUGUAUAUUCGUGGAGGUGAUCAACAAGACAAUGCCAGCAGUACCCUUAAUACAAGUGUUCAAAAUGAUUUUCUUGGUACACAAUUUCUACCAGAAUCUAAAGAGAUUAAGACAUCUUACCUUACAAUAAACGGUCAACAGUCUUCCCUCCUUAGAGAAAAUUCCAACACUACUACAGAAACUGAACCAACUGAAAAGGAAGGAGAAGAUAAUCCUAUGCACAAAAAAGAGUUAAAAAUUAAAGAAUCACCUACAAAAAGGAUCUUAUACGCUGGUUUUGUACAGUCUUCAAGCGGUGGUUCAAAGAAGAGUGGUGAAUGUAUCAUAGAAAAUCUCAACGAACUGUCUGCUAUUGGAUUCACUGUCAAUCCACCCAAAUUAAUUUUAGAUCCUGGGACAGAACAGCCAAUUACAUUUACUUGGACUCCUAAUCCUGAUGUCAGAACUGGAGCUAUUGUGAAGUCAACUGCUCUGAUUCAACUUCGAUCUGAUGUGACUAUCAAUCAUCAUGUUAUAUUGAGAGGCAUUUUAUAAAGUUUAUGAAAUCUUACUUGAUAUCAGCCAGACAGACAAAUCACAAUGGACUUUACU